AUGUCGUCAAAACGCAAAUGGGACCAAGCUGCCCCUGAAUCAACACCUUCUGAAUUGGACUCUCCUGUAAAGGCGCAAAAAACUGAUGAGGGCAAGACUGCUUCUGAAGCUGCGGCCGCUGCCGCUGCUAUUGCUGCCAAAAUUGCCGCACAGUUUAGUGCUGGCGGUGGCAUCGCCGGGAGUAUACAGAUCGGACAGAAGGACCCGCAUGACGGAGAUUUUACUCAUGACAUUGAUAUCAAUGACGUCCGGAAUCGGUAUAUGUUGACGAAAGGUUCUACGCAGUCCGAGAUUCAUGAGGACACGGGCGCCUCAGUCAGUACCAAGGGUGUGUGGUACCCGGAUCGAUCAAAGGCAACGGAGAAGGACCCUCCAUUAUACCUUCACCUUUCGGCCUCAAGCAAGGAAACGUUGCAAAGGGCAAUUGACAAGGUUAACGAGCUAAUAGCAAUUGAUCUUGGCCCACUAGUAGAGGACAAGAAGGAUAGAUUGCGCGAAAAGCGUAAAUGGCCAGAAGAGAAAAUGCCCGUGGGCCUCGAAACCAUUCGCAAUUUCAACGUUCGUGCCAAAGUUGUUGGGCCGCAGGGAAUGUUCGUAAAAUAUAUCCAACAAGAAACAAGUACGCGCGUGCAGAUAAAGGGUCAAGGGUCAGGCUUUGUAGAACAAGAAACCGGCCGGGAGUCGGAUGAACCUAUGCACAUACAUAUCACCGGGCCAGAUGAAAACCAAGUAGCUCGCGCUAAAGUGCUCACGGAAGACUUGCUCGAAGUUGUACGCUCUGAGCAUGCCAAAGCACAGGCAGCAAUGAUGCAGCAACAAAUGGAGCUGCACCAAGCACAAAUGCAAUUUUCACAGUACCCGAUGGGUGGGUAUGGUGUUGCACCACCUGCACCUGACAACGCACCUCCUCCACCACCACCUGGGGAACAGCCUCCCCCACCUCCAGACGGUAGUGCACCUCAACCACCAUAUCCAGGUGCACCAACUGGCACCCCAGGGCCAGACACCCAAGAUGCAUAUGCAGCAUACUGGGCACAAUACGGCUACGAUGUCAACUCAGCGCAGUUCAAGGAGUGGGCUGCGAGUCAGCAAGCGCAGUAUUACCAAGCUUACGCUGGACAAACAGCCGCGCCCGCACCAGGCGACGGUGCACCUCCACCACCACCGCCAGCAUAG